GUCGGCUGAGCUUGGUUAUCAACUUGAGGUGGCAGAGCAGGUUCUUCGUUUUACCAACUCAGCGGCAAACUUCCAGGCACGUGAGCUCAGCAUCUUGCUGCGCUCCCUGCAGCGUACGGACAUGCCAAAGCGAGCUCCGUGGUGGCUGGACAUCCGCGCAUGUAGGAGGCGGUCACAGCUCCCGUGGCAGCAGCUACCGCUUGCCAAGGUGUUUGCAGAAACCGAUGGACUGGAUGACCUUGCCGUGCGCGCAUUCCUAUCAAGAUUGAGCUGGGCGCUGGCUGGCAUGCGCUUGUCCCCUGCAGAUGCAUUCAUGAAGCUGGACUCUGAUCGGAGUGGGUCAAUUGACCACAGAGAGCUGACAAAGGGCUUGGAGUGGCUUGGUCUUCGAAAGGCAGUAGCGAACAACACCCGCUGGGCAGAGCACAUUGCCAAAAUCUUCCAGGUGAUGGAUGCCGACGGGGACGGCCUCUUGUCUCUGAACGACUUCAAGGGCGCCCUGGAGUUGGACGAUCAGGACUGGGAAAGCGUUCCUGCGGCGUCUGUCAUGCGACCAGGGAUGGACUUGCCACUUUCGUCCCGGCCCCCGAUGCCGACAGUUCUACAGCCACCAGGCAAGGAACCAGCCAAGCUGAGCCAGAGGGACACCAGGUGGCUGCCCAGCGGCCGCUUCCGCUUCAAGUGGCAGUGUCAUGGAGACUUCGGUGAAGUAUGGAACACGCAAGGCACUCUGGCAGAGAGGAAGCUGUCAAUAUGGAAGCCAACGAAGCUUCGCACGAAGAACCCCGACAUUCGAGGCCCGCAAGUGAAGCAACGACUUUGUUUUGGCGAUGUCGCUGUCGCCGGCACCAAGAAGCCAGCACAUGUUGGUAUGCUCGAGGUUUUUGAUCAAGAAGAGAGUGGCUGGUUUCACUCAGGGGACUAUUCCGGCUUGGAAGCAUUUCUUCAAGCAGUUCUACCCCAUCCAGUGAGAUACCGGAAGGCAUGGUCUCAAGUUGCGAGCGAAAACCAGCUCCACCUUUGGAGGCCGAUUCCACCAUCCACGGACUUCAUCGCCAUCGGACUGGUGGCAACUGAG